AUGGACAAAGGGGGGCAUAAGAGGGCACGUGUUGUGAAGCGACCACGGAGAGAUGGUGGGUUGGAUAUUACGAAGAUUGCAAAGACAUUAAAGAUGCCUGAACAUGACCCAGAAACUGACAUGAUUGAGGAACCUCAACUGAAACUGCAGUCUAAACUUCAGCCUAAACAACAGUCUAAACUUCAGCCUAAACAACAGCCUAAACAACAGCCUAAACAACAGCCUAAACAACAGCCUAAAUCCCAAUCUAAUCGACAAGCUAAACCACGGCCGAAACCCCGGCCUAAGCAAGAGCCUAAACCAAAAACUAAAACGAAAGCAAAAUCCAAAAACCCACCCAAACAAAAGGCGGUUAGUAAAACGCAGACAAACGGUGUGGAUCUGAGUCCUGAACCUAGAAAUAUAUCACUAUUUGACGUCUUAGAUAUGUCUGAAGAUCCACUCGUUAAUGACCCAGAGGAAGUGUUUGUGCUUGAAUCACCGAAGAAGAAAAGAAAAACAAAGGGAAGUGAAGAGAGGGUCAAUUUGACCGAAAAAAUCACACAAGAGAUACCUCAGGGUUUGAGAUUUGAUAAAGCAAAGAAAGUCCAGAUUGUGAACAGAGACGAGAGAAACAACGAAGAAAAUAGGGAACAGAUCGAGAGAAGCGUACGAAGAGAAAGAAUAGAGCCUAAAAGCCCAAGCAUCAUACGGAGACAAUCAAGCAGUAUUAGUCCCGAAAGUACCAUACCACUUAAUGAUACAAUUGGACGACCAUUCCAAGAUAUUCUACCGCCUGUUUUGUCAAGACGUUCGUCAUUGGCUAGUAGAGGACGAAGGUUAUCCAAUCUGGGAAACGGGUUUCAAGGAGAACCUCAUGAGUCUAUUCCUAUAAAUGAACUACACAAGCAUAUGGAUAUUUCAUUGCCAGAACCAAUUAGACUGAAACAAUUGAUUGUCUGGAUAUCCAAGAGAAUGAUGAAGGAGGAGAAAUGGGCUAAACAAAAGACUCUGAUUGAUAAUUUCAUCAAGAAAAUCAUAGAUGGAAAAGUUGAUAUUGACUGGUGGGUUGAUGAUGAUGAUGGUGGUGGUGGUGGUGGUGACUGUGAAAAGAACGAAGAAGAAGGUGGAAGUCUGGGUAAAGAGGCAGAGGAUGUUUCUGCGGUCUUGAAAGUUGAUAUACCGAAUGUAGACUGGGAAGAGCCAAUCAACAAAACCAUUGAAACACCCAACACGCCUGUACUGCCUGAACUGACGGCGGUGUGGAGGCGAUUACGAAAAUUUGAGAGAUGUAUUUCCAGGAUCCACAAGAUACACGAAAUGGUACGUAGAGUUAGCGAGCAUAAGGAAGAUGUGAUUGUACAAGAGCUAGAAAAUGAGAGUCGAAUAGAUAUAAGCAAGAUAUUUGGGGUAUUAUAG